AUGGAACGCAUGAAUAUGAGCACAUCUCCCUCUUCGUCCUGCCUCCCCCAGCUUGGGCCUGUCACUCUUGCUCCUCCGUCUCAUCUCGCUUCGGUUCCCGCAGGGGGGUCCGAACUUCUUCCACAUCUUCUGCCUUCAUCCGCCAAUUCGUCACCGUAUAUGUCACCUUGGGACCCCGCGUGCGUUCUGCCUCUUUCUCACGAGUACGCUAGUCAUGGUGAGGCUUCAGAGAUCGCCCCUGCGGCGUCCGCCGGCCCUAUUGACACUGGCGUGGCGGAGGACGCCCGGGAGCGCCAAAAUGGCAUUACCGAUGCUUCAGUGGCUCCCAGUUUACUUCAAAGGGCACACCCGCUUUCCCUUUUUGCUCCCCUCAGCAGGAACAUUCAAGUCGUUUGUCGGCUGAGGCCAAUGACAAAGGAGAAAGGGGCAUGUGUAGACCCUAAGCACUCCGAGAGGGCCCUCACGGUGCCUUCGAGCGCCAGUGGCCGUGCCUCCACGAACACAAUACACGCCCGUUAUCCCUCUAGUCUCUCUUCUACGUCUGUCAAUUCCACUGGUACAGGCAAUAGACUAGCACAGGAUUUCGUUUUCGACCAUGUGUUCGGGGAAGACAGCUCCCAGGCGAGUGUUUUUGAGAAAAUAGGAAGUCAGUUGGUGCAUGCCGUUUGUUCUGGCUUCAACGCUACUAUUCUUGCGUACGGGCAGAGUUCGAGCGGGAAAACGUACACAAUCAUUGGCGACCAUGCUAGUGAGGAAGGCUUUAGCGACGGGGGCGCAGCUCACGGCGAAGGAAUCCACAGCAUCGACGCACAGCAAACCUGUGAAACCAGUGAACGCCGCAGAAGAGGAGUGCCUGGCAGUGACCACGGGGAUAGUCUGGGUGUUGUGAAGGGUACUCCCAGUUUGUCACACGAUGGCAUGGCAGAUGGCAGCAUUGGUAAUGAGCGGACGCAAACGAGGAAGAGAGAGGAUGGAAAAACGUCAGGAAGUCCCAAUGUAGGUGACGGCGACGGUUUGUUGCCGCGGAUGAUACAAGCUCUCUUCACGUGGAUGAAGCACCAUGAAGAUCCACGUGUUAGGCGAAGGGUACUUGUUGCAGCUAUCGAGAUAUAUAACGAGAAUGUCAGAGACCUGAUAGGCGGAAAAUGCGGACUGAAGAUACAACGACGCAAGCACCGCAGAAAGGGUGAAGGGUGUGUGUCGAUAGUGGGGCUGCAAGAAGAAUCCCCUCAGUCUCCUGUCGAAGCGUUUGCAAUACUUGACAAAACAAUAAAAGCAAGACGUGCGGGAUCUACAAGAAUGAACGCUGAGUCCAGCCGCUCGCAUUUCAUCUUCUCCCUGACACUCGAAGAAACUCUCCUGGAAACAGGUGACUUGAAAGUGGGUCGCUUGACCGUCGUGGAUUUGGCGGGGAGCGAGCGCGUGGCCAAGACCGGUAGUGUAGGCGCCACGCUUCAAGAGGGCUCAAUGAUCAAUAAGAGUCUGACGUGUUUGGGAAAAGUAAUUUCUACUCUUGGAGCAAUUUCGGAAAGAGCGCAUGACACGGGGUCUUCGGGCCCCUCCGCCGCCCUCUCCACCGAGGGCUCUUUCACUGGUUCGUCUUCAGCGAUUCCAUCUGCGCCAUCCUCGUCGCCGCCUGUUUCACAGGCCCAGCAGUCUACAGCCGCUUCCCUGCCUAUUUCCUCGUUCGUUCCAUACCGCGAUUCCAAGCUCACUCGUGUGUUGCAGGAUGCUUUAGGCGGCAACUCGAACACCUGUCUCAUUCUCACGUGUUCGCCAGACGCCGUUCACAUGAGUGAAAGCCUCUCGACCCUGCGAUUCGGCCAGCGUGCGAUGUGUGUGAGAAACACGCCCAAGGUGAAUGUAGAGCGGGCUCACGAUGAAAACGAUGUGCCGGCGAUAAAGAAACACCAGCAGAUAAUAUUAGAAUACGAAAAGUUCACUGCGCACCUGAUGACGUGGGCUCACGAAAUCCUCUUAAAUCUCGUUCAAAGUCAGAUCAGCCAGGGGGCGCCAUAUCCGGCUUACACAGCUGUGCAUGAUGGCCACGCACCUCCUGGUCUAUCACUGUCUCCAUUAUCUUCCCCUCUUCACGCUUCUUCGUCACGUGAUUUCAAAGAAUCUCCACAGCAGGCUCAAGGACUAUGUCGACUUCCAUCUUCCCGCAAUAAGACUCAGGGCCAUACAAUUGCCGCCUCGGGGGCGGAACACCUCAAGGAUAAUGGCCGCUCUUCUUUCGAGAAAACCGCAACUGAUGCCCGAUCUUCACGCGAAAGUCUUUUCUCAGCGCUCGAGAGCAUUCUUUCAGCUAUGCCUAGCGCACCUGAGUCCCUGAUGCUGGCGCGGCCCCAGAAAGCAGACUUUCUGAGCAAAAUAAAACAGAAUGUAAUUGACCUUCUCACUAUGAGGGAGCACGACGAGGACGAAAUGCAUGACAGAACAGGUGGCAGACAUCCUAAAAACACAGCAAUGGAGCUACAAAAAGUGGAAGGUGAACCUAAACUUGCACUUCGCGUGCAGCGAACAGAGAUGAGCCGUGUUUCUCCUCAGCCGAGGAAGAAGACGACAACUACGGAGAAGAAGGCGCUUGCGAGUGGUUUGGCGAAUGGGGUGAACGAGAAACACAAGGCGUGCCCUUGGACGAUGCCCACUCUACAUGCCCAUUUGCUUCACGUCCAUGGCACUCACGCAGAAGUUGUAACGGCGACGAAGUACCAUUGUCUUCAGCAGGUGCUCAAAAUGAUCCCGCACAUCUGCUGUCACGAAUUCAGGGCGAACUCAAAGCCUAUAGACGCCUACGCGGGGCUUUUCGGCGUACAUACCACACAAACAGGGCUUCAUUUGCCCCUCUUGUAA